AUAGUCAGACAUCUCUGACAACGGCCGAUGGCUCCGCACGCUCGCGCCGCCGACCAGCUGUCGCGAUUGUGGUGGUAGUAGCGAUGGAAAAUUCGUGCUCGGUAGAGAAGCUCUAUAGCCGAACGCGGUUUAGUCGCGAUUCGCACACGAACGGCGACGCUUCGCGCACAACUUAUUCCAAAUUCGUCCGCGCGUUUCAUAGGCAGAUUCCGAGGGUUGCUCCGAGCUUACAAGAAUUGAUAUAUUAAAUAGCCAUGGUUAAAGCAUACAACGGAGCGUUAGUCCUGGCGGAUGUUUUGCUGCUUAUUUUGAAGAUCUUAUAUUACAUCUGCGAGAGCGUGUAUAGAUUUUUCAUCCCAGCAGAAGAAAAGAGUGUUGUUGGUGAGAUCGUUUUAAUAACCGGCACGGGACAUGGAAUCGGAAGAGAACUGGCACUUCGCUAUGCAUCUCUGGGUGCAACAGUGGUAUGUUGGGAUUUAAAUGAAGUAUCAAACCAGGAGACCUUGAAUCAGAUAAAAAAGGCGGGAGGAGCGACCGCAGCAUACGCAUAUCAAUGCGACGUGUCGAAAAGAGAAGAGGUCCUCAGCGUUGCUGAAAGAGUGAAGAAAGAAGUCGGUGAUGUUACUAUUUUAGUUAACAAUGCUGGUAUAAUGCCCUGCCACGCCUUCCUCGAUCAUACAUCCGAUGAAAUUAGCCGGAUCUUCAACAUUAACGUGCUGGCUCAUUUCUGGAUGCUGCAAGCGUUUCUCCCAAGCAUGAUCGAGAAAAAUUACGGCCACGUAGUUGCGCUCUCAUCACUGGCAGGAAUCGGUGGCCUUCCGAAUUUAGUUCCCUAUUGUGCUUCGAAAUUCGCAGUUAGAGGGCUUAUGGAAUCAAUUAGCGAGGAAUUACGGAUAUCUAGCAAAGGAAAAUCAUUAAUCAAAUUCACCACAAUUUAUCCGUACAUGGUAGACACCGGACUUUGCAAGAAUCCAAAAAUAAGGUUUCCGAAUGCCAUGCCUUUGGUCUCACCGGGGAAAGCAGCAUCCGAAAUAAUCCUUGCGCAGAGGCGCGGCUACCGAGAGAGAUCUGUGCCUGCGAUAUGGCUAACAUUAAGCGUAAUGUUAAGAAAUUUUCCCGACCACGCGUUAUACAGUAUGAUAGACUUCUUUGACAGCGGCGUCGAGGCAGACAGCUAACAGAUACAAGAAACGCUCAUACAUCUAUGUAUAAAAAUAAUCUGAAAAACAAAUUUAUGAAUAAAUGUUUUUUAUACGAUUGUUCAUUAUGUUAACACAUUAUUUAUAAGAAAUAAGUAAAUCGAUAUUGUCAACGAUUUUUAAACUGCGAUAGAUGAUUUUUAUAUUGUUUGACUACGUAUGAAUUCGAAAAGACAUUUAUAGUUUCUUGCUUCUCCUUUCCGGUACUUCUAUAUAUGCAAAUGAAAAUAAUUAUUGUCAUUAAUUUAUCGUAAAUAAUUAUAAUUAUGUUGUAAACGGAGGUAAUGUGCGUAAACGCAGUAGAUGUUUUAUACGUAAUGCUAAGCAGGAUAAGUAGAGUAAGUAAAACUUCUUUAGAAAUGUAUCGUGUAAUUAAAAAAUAAGAUAAAGCAUUUUUAUUGCGAACAAAAAAUAUUA